AUGUGGGGGGGCUCUGUCACAAGCCCACGGAAGCCCCGAUGGCCGCUGCAGCAUUUGGCAACACAGGUCUGGAAACUCACAGCAGGGCCUUGCUCUUCAAUUGUUUCUCUCUUUUUUUUUUUCCUCUCUGUCUCGUUUCUCUUCCACCCUCUGGCAGUUGUCUGCUACCAAUCCGACCAGGAUGAGCUUCGACAUCACGUUAUCCAGUGGCUGGAGGCAGAGAUCAUCCCUGUUGGCUGGUUCCCUAAAGGCAGCAACUACAGUGAAGUCCUAGAUAAAUACUUCAAGAGUUUUGAUGAUGGUGACUCUCGCCUGGACUCCAGUGAGUUCCUGAAGUUUGAUGGAAUGAAACAGCCAUCAACAUCACCACCUACAUGGACCUAUGUGGACCAGGAGACCAACAAGCUACUCAGGGGACUCUGUAUGGAUGCCCUCAUUGAGCUGUCUCAUGAAAAUGCCAUCUGGAAACUCAACUUCAAUGAGUUCCUCAAGUGCCUCAGCCCAUCCUUCAACUUGCUGAAGAAAAAAUGCGCCCUUGAAAAUGAAACCUAUGAGGACAGAGCAGGGACCCAAGUGGAGUGUAACAGCUGUGUAUGUGCCUGUGACAAUUGGGUGUGCACUGCCAUGACCUGUGACAGAAAGAAUGGGAAAGUGUCUGCUCAGGGCCAGCAGCCCCACGAAGACCUGACUGAGGAGGAGCUGGCCAGAUACGUUCAGGAGCUGCAGAAGCACCAGGAGGUGGCUGAGAAGACCAAGCGAAUGAACACCAAAGAGAUGUAA